GAUUGUAAAUAUAGCACAUUCUCAAGGGAUUGUUCUCCAUAAUGGUCGACCUUCGUGCUUCGUCAUGUCAUCGUUUAAUCAUGUUUCCUUCAUCGAAUCUGCAUCUUCUUCGGAUUCGGGAUCUGAUUCUGUUGAGGAUGCAUUAAAUAGCCAAAAUAUGAAGCUUAAGGGUUCAUCCUCUACAUUUCCCCUUGACAUGCAUCAGCAACGUAGGCUGAUGAAUGAAGAUGUGCAAACUCCAACAAAUGCUUUAUCUGAAGCUAGUUGCAUGCAGUCAGGCUCAGUAUGUUCGAGGAAUGCACGUUUAAAGGAGUGCGAAAAUAAAAUCUUGGACUGUCAAAAUUCUGAACAAGUAGAAGAGAAAAAGCAACCGUUUCCCAUGGAACAGAUAUUGCUUAUGGAGACCAGUUGGUACACUAGUCCUGUAGAGGUUGCUGGAUCUCCCUGUACCUGUGCUUCCGACAUCUAUAGUUAUUUUGCCCCUUCAGCUAAAGAGAAGAGAAGAAUGGAA